UCACUGGCAAUGUAUUGUAUUUUAUCAAAGAGUGUGGUGAAGAGUUGAUCGAGUGUUAAUUAUUUAUUUAUUUAUUUACGAUAGCAAAUAAGGUGCGUGAUUUAAUUUAGACUCGCAAUGGAUUUUGCGGAGAUUUCAUUAAAGGGCGAAAUGGAAGCUAAUCAGUUUAAGGAUUUUGGAAAGGAAAUGAUCGACUAUGUCGCAAAUUACUUGGAGAAUAUUAGAGAUCGGCGCGUUUUACCAACUGUUGAACCUGGCUACUUGCGUCCGUUGUUACCGGAACAGGCGCCAAAUAAACCGGAUAGAUGGGAAGACGUUUUGGCAGACGUUGAAAAAUUGAUUAUGCCCGGCGUAACUCACUGGCACUCGCCAAAGUUUCAUGCCUAUUUUCCCACUGCAAACUCGUACCCAGCAAUUGUUGCUGAUAUUCUCAGUGGAGCAAUCGCGUGCAUAGGAUUUUCAUGGAUUGCGAGUCCAGCAUGUACCGAAUUGGAGGUCGUGAUGUUGGACUGGUUGGGAAAAAUGUUGGAUUUGCCCGCCGAGUUUCUGGCGUGUUCUGGAGGAAAGGGCGGCGGUGUCAUUCAGGGAACUGCUAGUGAAGCCACUUUAGUCGCACUACUUGGAGCGAAGGCGAGAAAAAUUGCUACGGUUAAAGGGGAACAUCCCGAAUGGACGGAGAGCCAUAUCAUCGAGAGACUUGUUGCGUAUACUUCCAGUCAAAGUCAUUCGUCGGUAGAGCGAGCCGGUCUGCUGGGAGGUGUCCGAAUGCGUUCACUUCCUACCGAUGAUAAGCAUAGGUUAACUGGAAGUACUUUAAGGGAGGCCAUACAGAAAGACAUUGAAGACGGCCUUAUACCGUUUUAUGCUGUUGGUACUUUGGGAACAACCUCCUCCUGCGCCUUUGACAAGCUUGAAGAGCUCGGCGAUGUCUGCAACAAAUACGAGGUUUGGUUACACGUCGACGCAGCGUACGCCGGAUCCGCAUUCAUAUGUCCAGAGUAUCGAUACUUGAUGAAGGGAGUCGAAAAGGCCGACUCCUUCAACUUCAACCCACACAAAUGGCUGUUGAUCAACUUCGAUUGCUCAACGAUGUGGUUGAAAAAUCCGUACUGGGUUGUGAAUGCCUUCAACGUGGACCCCUUGUACCUAAAGCACGAUCAGCAGGGCAGCGCUCCCGAUUACAGACACUGGCAAAUCCCUCUGGGACGCCGUUUCCGAUCGCUAAAAAUGUGGUUCGUUUUACGUCUGUACGGUAUCGAGAACCUGCAAAUGCAUAUCAGAAAGCAAAUUGCACUGGCGCAUCAUUUCGAGACGCUCGUUAACGAAGACAAACGUUUCGAAAUUACCGCCGAAGUGCUCAUGGGACUGGUCUGCUUCAGGCUGAAAGGUUCGAAUGAGCUUAACGAGAGUUUGUUAAAGAAAAUUAACGGAAGGGGCGUUAUUCAUCUCGUCCCGUCGAAAAUUGGCGAUCAAUACUUCCUCAGAUUGGCAAUUUGCUCACGAUAUACCGAAAAACACGAUAUCCAAGUGUCGUGGAACGAAAUUCAAGCGGCAGCUAAAGAGAUUGUCGAGGAUAAUAACGUUAUAAAAGUAAACGGUAUUAAGAGUAUUAAUGGUAGUAAUGGUAUUCAAACUACGAAUGGCACGAAUGGCGUUAAUGGACACCACUAAAGUAUUUUCAACGUUUGAGGCAACAAUCCUAUGGACCAACUCUUGGCUUUAGUAAUGUAGUUUGAUGUGUAUUUAAAAUCGAUGUAUAUAUAUUUAUUUAAUGUAUUUAGCGAGAGAAUAGUGUAUAUAUGUAUUAGUGGCGUGAACGAAGUAUAACUAAUGUUGACAAAG